GCAAGGGCAAUGCAGCUGCGGGUAUCCUGGAGGAAUUCUGUCAGUCAGGAAGUACGCUGGGUGGUCAAGAUCACGUACAUCGCAGGCGGCUGACGAGCCACCUCGAUAUGCUCAGUCGACGACUGAUUCUUCUCGAGAUCGUGAACCAUAGACAUAUUUGAAGGCGUAAAAUGAAGGCGAGAAGUGCGUCGGGUGUCUUUGGAAAGUAGUCGGAGGCCGUCCUAUGAGGGUCGGCCACUGGGGGUCGGCAAGUUGUUCGACGGUCUCCUGGCUGACACGACUUGCCCAUCCAAUCGGUAGCCCUUAUAUAACUCACCGCCUCCCCUGCCCAGCAUUCUCGCAAAUCGAAUGAUCGCAUCCCGCAAGGAAGCGCGCAUUCCCCGCGCGGCUUACCCCCUGUGCAUUAGCCUCCACCAACCGUCAAAGCGCAGCCCUGCCCCCCUCAGACAGACCCUCAGAUCCCAACCUCGCACAACAGAGGAUAAUACAGAGCGGGCCUCCGCACUCCCUCGAUCUGCACCCCGCACUCCCUGGAUCUGGCCCCCGCGCUUCUUGUAUAUGCGCCCCGCGAUUCGUGGAUCUCGCGCGCACGCCUGCGCAAAUCUGCCUCCGGGUGCGCCACCCCCGCACGGAUUGCUUCCUUGCCAUCUCGAUGCGCCCACGCCUAUAGAGCCGCCGGGCGCGCCAAUAGAGUCGCCGGACGGGCGACGCGCAAUACCCUGCAAUACCCGACACCCCAUGACCGCGCGCAGGCAUCAAACCUACACGUCCGCGGCGCGCUGGCCAAGCAAGGGCGCUCCGUCGCGCGUCCGACGGCGAGGUGAGACCUAGCGCGAGUAAUACACGUGAGGUGGCCGGCGCCCGGGUGCGCUGCUCAAGUGACCGUCAGUGGACGAAUGGAC